AUUUUCUGGAUGCCUUCUUGAGCCUGCUUGUGGCCACCCACAGAGACGUAAGGAGGAGAGAGAUCAGCCUGGCAGACACUCUGAAAUGAGAGAUUAGAGGCUGUGAUCCAAGGAGCAAGAGCCACAGCCAGAAGAACAAGGAACAAGCCUUGAAGAUACAUCUACUCAGACGUCUGCCAUGGUAUCUCUUGGCAUCCAACUUGUGGGCUAUAUCCUAGGCCUUCUGGGACUGUUGGGCACAAUAAUUGCCAUGCUGCUCCCCAGCUGGCGAACAAGUUCUUAUGUUGGUGCCAGCAUUGUGACAGCAGUCGGCUUCUCCAAGGGUCUCUGGAUGGAAUGUGCUACGCACAGCACAGGCAUCACCCAGUGUGACAUCUACAGCACCCUUCUAGGCCUGCCCGCUGAUAUCCAGGCUGCCCAGGCCCUGAUGGUGACUUCCAGUGCAAUCUCCUCACUGGCCUGCAUUAUUUCUGUGGUGGGCAUGAGAUGCACAAUCUUUUGCCAGGAAUCCCGAGCCAAAGACAGAGUGGCUAUAGUGGGUGGAAUCUUCUUCAUUCUUGGAGGCCUCCUGGGCUUCAUUCCUGUUGCCUGGAAUCUUCAUGGGAUUUUGAGGGACUUUUACUCACCACUGGUGCCUGACAGCAUGAAAUAUGAGAUUGGAGAAGCUAUUUAUUUGGGCAUUAUUUCCUCUCUGUUUUCCCUGGUGGCUGGAAUUAUCCUCUGCUUUUCCUGCUCAUCCCAACAAAAUCAUGCCAACUACUAUGAUGGCUACCAGGCCCAGCCUUUUGCAACUAGGAGCUCUCCAAAGCCUGGUCAACCAUCCAAAGCCAAGAGUGAGUUCAACUCCUACAGCCUAACGGGGUAUGUGUGAAGAACCAGGGGCCAGAGCUGGGGGUGGGCCUUGGCUGGGUCUGUGAAAAACAGUGGACAGCACCCCCAGUGCCAUGGGUGAGGGACAUUGCCCUUGGAUUAUGUCAGAAAGUGCUGCUGAGGAUAGACUGGUUUUGGCCAAUGGAUCAAGUGAAGGCAAAGCAAGAGCUGAUAUGACAGCAUAAACCAGCUUUUCUGUUUCUCUCAUCUUGCCUCCAUACCUCCAUGCUCUGAGUUCUCAACUUUAAAUUCCAAACCCCACCCCCUACCUUGGGCCAGACCCCCGCGGCUCCCUUCUGUCCUUUGGUUUGCCUGGGACUCCAUUCCAAAACCUACUAAUCACAUCCCACUGACUGACUGGGACAAAGACUGUCCUGGUUGAGGUUGGCUCAUAGCUCAUUGUUGGGGGAGAAGGAGGAGUGGUGGUUUAUAUGGUAUGAGUCUAACUUCCUUCUCAAACCUCCCUCCAAAGAGACUGAUUGGUCAGUAAUAGGCUCCAGAGUCUCUAUCCCACUCUCGUUAUGACUCUGGAUUGUCUACACUGGUUUGUACACAAACUGAAAGAAAUCUAUCUUGCGGUAUCCAGAGAACAGAAACUGGGCGCAGCAUGGGAGGAAAGGAGGGAAGACUGGGACCACAAAAGACCAAAACCACUUCCUAGGAUUUCCUCUCAUUUGUGGGGCAAGAAUCAAGCCCAUGGCUAGAGGAAAACACAAAGAAAGAAGAUGUGGAAAGUACAAAGCAGCAGCAGACUUUGACUUCACUGAGGAACUGCCUCAGAAGAUGCAGUUUCAGCUUUCACUGAAGCCUCUGCCUUCCUCUGGGGUGCCCAGCCUUGCCUUCUACCUAAACUACAGACUAAGGGUCUUAGACAAUGGUUUCCUUGGGAACAAUAAACCAGUUUUUCUAGAACUUGACUUUGGCUGGGGAUGACAGCACGGGCCUUGUGGGGGACUGAGAAAGAUAUUAUUGUUUGACCUUGGUCAAGAAAGGGUAUGAACUUUUGUAUCUAAAAAGCUGGGUAGACAAUGCUGUGGCUCUGGCAGGUGUUUCUGCUGUACCAAUGAGAGGCAGCCCACUGGAGAGUCUUCAGGCCUAAUGGAAAAUCAGAUCAAAAAGCAACACCCUGUGAGUCCCUUGCUACCCUUCAUAUUUCCCUUACCAUCCAUUAGAAGACAUUUCACAGGUUACCCAAGAGCUCCAAUGUAUUCACAUUGUAUGCCCAUGGUGCUGUGUUUAUGAUCUGAGCAAUGAUAACUGAGCUGCUUCUUGGGAUUGCAGUUGAGGAAAGUAGAAAAUGGUUCCUGGGCCGACAGUUCCACAUCCAAGAUCUGAAAAUGCUCCAUUUCCCUUGGAAUCAGAGUGCAGACCAUGAAGAUUUGUCCUCAUCAGCCCAAUAUGACCAGCUU